GCCUAUUUAAACAGAGAUGGGUGCCCCUGUCGGCACACUGUUCUUCCGCCACCUGACAUCAUGCCUCCCAAGAAGGAUGCUCCUGUGAAGAAACCAGCAGGACCCUCCAUCUCUAAGCCUGCUGCCAAGUCUACAGCAGGGACCCCUCUAGCCAAGACCAAGGCCGAGCCAGCUGCCCCCCAGACCCUUGCGAAAACCCAGGAGCCCCCUGUUGAUCUCUCCAAAGUGGUGAUCGAGUUUAACAAGGACCAGCUGGAGGAGUUCAGAGAGGCCUUUGAGCUGUUUGACCGAGUGGGUGAUGGCAAGAUCCUGUACAGCCAGUGUGGGGACCUGAUGCGGGCCCUGGGCCAGAACCCUACCAACGCCGAGGUGCUCAAGGUCCUGGGGAACCCCAAGAGCGAUGAGCUGAAGUCCCGGCGUGUAGACUUUGAGACGUUCCUGCCUAUGCUGCAGGCAGUGGCCAAGCACCGGGACCAAGGCACAUAUGAGGACUACCUAGAGGGGCUGCGUGUGUUUGACAAAGAGGGCAACGGCAAAGUCAUGGGAGCGGAGCUCAGACACGUUCUUACCACUCUCGGAGAGAAGAUGACUGAGGAAGAGGUAGAGACUGUUUUGGCAGGCCACGAGGACAGCAACGGCUGCAUCAACUAUGAGGCCUUCCUGAAGCACAUCCUAAGCCUCUGAGCUCCGCAGCCCCUAUUGCCCUCUAGAGAGGCAACGGUCCCGGUCAACCAGACAAGCGCAGGCAGUGCGUUUCCCCAUCCGACUGUAGCGCAGCCGCCAGCGCUGGACAACUUUCUUUCUACCCCACCCAACUCCACCCCACCCCACGUAGAACCUGCGGGAUCGGAAACUUGCCCCACCUCCUGUGCGGCCAGUAGCGCGUUCCUGCCACUAGGGGGCACUUACGGUUUUGAAAUAAAAACAUGGUUCCUGCUUUG